CUUCGGACGUGUGAAUUGUACCAAGCUUCUGAGAAGGGAAAGUUUUUGUUUGUUUGGUGCGCUCAUUGUAUGGCUUUGUUUACAGAGCGAGAGAAGAGUAUAAAACACGGAGAGAGCCCUGUAGAGCCAAUCAGCAGCUGCAGGGAUGAGCAUGGCUUUGUGCCAACAGUGGGACGCUGGGGAAGUGAAUGGCCGAGUUGACUCGAGACGGCAGAGAUAUGGUGCCAGCCACAGGGGCAGGCACGCGGGCCCUGGAUUAGGGGUGUGCCGCUACCCCUGCCGGUAUGGGCCCAUUAUGAGGCACCAGCCCUGAUCGUUCUCACGGUCGAACAGUAUGAGGAAUUAGCAGGCAACGUUGAAUUAGAAACGCAACACUUAUUGCGUGAGCAUCGUUAUGACACCAUUGGCAAUUUCCUUAAGUUCUAUAAGGAUUAUAUUGCAAGUGGUGAAACUGUGCUGGAAAAAUUUUAUCACAAAUAUCAACCAUUGAUAAAACGUGAACAUCAUACUUGCGUGGGUUUGGGAUUUGAAUUACUACAACGUUUAGAGGGUUUAAACAAACGAUUUCCUGGUAUAGCAAGUGGCCUCUAUUUAGUGUCCUGUGAGGAGAUGAUCAAUAAUGUCGCUAGUUAUGUUGGUGGACCGCCCGCUGCAGACAGCAGGGAGAAGGAACAUGUACUAGUGUGCCUGAAAAUUGAAAUUAAUGGACGGAAAGGAGUUAUGCUCCUCGAUCCUGGAUAUCAUGUAGCUCGAGUGAUUACUGUAAUGGAAGACAAGUUAUACCCACAUACUGGCUGGUUUAUUCAGUCUGACGAACCGGAUUGUAAAAAAGAGUACAAUUACUUUCUAUGCGCUAACGAUCCUGAUUACGUUGAAUGGCACGAGAGGAAAACACGAUCCGGUAUCUUGGAAAGGACACAAGUUGCUCUUAUAUAUGUGGCAAGGCCUUACUUAACUGCCAUUGAUGUCACAGAACGUAGAAAUUUAGUUUACAAUUUCAGAAGUCUCCUCGCGAGAGACACUAAAGGUCACAUUACAGCUGGUAUAUAUUUUCCUGUUGUGCUAGACAUGAACAGUGCACAAACUUUUACAAUUUUUUACCAAACCAGUAGUGGCAAAAAAAGAGUUAAAAUGCCUUUCAACAAAUUCUGCAGUUCAAUAAAGGUAAAUACUAAUGCCGAGGAAAAAGAGAUCAUUGCCGAAUGUGCCCGGCAGUUAGGUCUUUCGCAUGUUACAGUAGAAGACCUACUAUCUGCUCUUGCUACGAUUAUGAGCGACUCAGCCUUCGUGGCUCAACUCCUGGCUAUUAAUGCGAGAAUCAACAAUUUAUCAGAGGACAAUUAAUAGAAGUUAAUCUGCCUCGUGUGGAGCACACAAAGUAUGACGCAUCAGUUUCCUUGCCGACUUUCCUCUUACUUUCUUUUCUUGACUAUCAUGUUAAUGAUUUACCAUGUGUUACAAACGUUAAUUUUAUUCUUGUUACGAGAUAGGGUAUAAAUACUUUUUAAUGGAUUUUAAUAAAACUAUAUUUUAUGCAUUGUUAUUAACAGUUCAAUGAAAAUGUUAGCAUGAUAUGUUUAAUAAUUUCUUGGGGAUCAUAUGUUUUAGAAUUCGACCAGUGGAAUACCAUGGUUUA